UAUUCAAAAUGUGGAUAAGUUGUUGAAAUAAAGUAUUAAAUAAGAGUACUCGUUAUAAUUUUAAUUUAAUAUCGUUUUGUUUAUUAAAUAAAAAUCCAUCAUGGAUUUUCAAAAUCGACCAGGUGGAAAAACAGGAGGUGGUGGUGUGGCAUCGUGGUCAGAAAGUAAUCGGGAUCGACGAGAGAGGUUAAGACAAUUGGCAUUGGAAACAAUCGAUCUCAACAAGGAUCCGUAUUUUAUGAAAAAUCAUUUGGGCUCGUACGAGUGUAAAUUGUGUCUGACGUUGCACAAUAACGAGGGUAGUUACUUGGCUCAUACUCAAGGAAAAAAACAUCAAGCUAACCUAGCAAGAAGAGCAGCCAAGGAAGCUAAAGAAGCACCCCAAACGCUUGCACCAGAAAAACCUAGAGUUGAACCAAAAAAAUUUGUUAAGAUUGGACGACCUGGUUACAGAGUGACUAAACAGAGAGACCCAGAAUCAGGACAACAAAGUUUACUAUUUCAAGUUGAUUAUCCUGAAGUUGCAGACAAUGUAAUUCCUCGUCACAGGUUCAUGUCUGCUUAUGAGCAAAGAGUUGAACCACCAGAUCGUAAAUGGCAAUAUUUGCUAUUCGCUGCUGAACCUUAUGAAACUAUAGCGUUUAAGGUGCCAAGUAGAGAAGUGGAAAAAGCAGAAGGAAAAUUUUGGACACACUGGAACAAGGAUACCAAACAAUUCUUUUUGCAAUUUGCAUUCAAGAACGAGAAGCCAUCCGUAGGCAAAGUUCCACCUCCACCAGUGCCACUAAUUCGACCAGGAUUACCACCAAUGGUACCUGUACCACCACCUCCUAGACCACCAAUAUUUAAUCCAGUUCCACCACCUCCGGCAUUAUUACCAUCGGGGAUGCAAAUUCCACCUCCUCCACCUCAUAUAGCUUAAUUUUAAUUCACGUAUAUAUGCAAAUAUACUAUAUAUAAUAAAUAAU